GAUCGGGAUCGUUUUAUGGAUGAGUUUUUUGAGCAGGUGGAAGAAAUUCGUGGGUUCAUAGAGAAGAUCUCAGAAAAUGUGGAAGAGGUGAAGAGAAAGCACAGUGCCAUCCUCGCUGCCCCAAACCCUGACGAGAAAACCAAGGAGGAGCUGGAGGAUCUGAUGUCUGAUAUCAAGAAAACGGCCAACAAAGUGCGCUCCAAGCUAAAGAGUAUUGAACAGAGUAUUGAACAAGAGGAAGGGCUGAACAGAUCAUCAGCGGACUUGAGAAUAAGGAAAACGCAACAUUCCACUUUAUCACGGAAGUUUGUGGAGGUGAUGUCAGAAUAUAAUACAACCCAGACUGAUUACCGGGAGCGCUGUAAAGGGAGAAUCCAAAGACAGCUGGAAAUCACUGGCAGGACCACCACCAGUGAAGAACUGGAGGACAUGCUGGAGAGUGGGAAUCCAGCUAUCUUCUCCUCUGGGAUCAUCAUGGACUCCAACAUUACAAAGCAGGCACUGAAUGAGAUUGAGACACGGCACAGUGAGAUCAUCAAGCUAGAAAACAGCAUCCGUGAGCUUCAUGAUAUGUUCAUGGACAUGGCCAUGUUGGUGGAAAGCCAGGGCGAGAUGAUCGACCGCAUUGAAUAUAAUGUGGAACACUCGGUGGACUAUGUGGAGAGGGCCGUGUCAGAUACCAAAAAAGCUGUAAAGUACCAGAGCAAAGCCCGGAGGAAGAAGAUUAUGAUUAUCAUCUGCUGCGUCAUUCUGGGAAUUGUCAUUGCUUCUACUAUUGGCGGGAUUUUUGGCUAAAAGCCUGCAACCCACCGAGAACAUCGCUUAUGGGAGUAAGGAGAUGAAUAGGAGCACCGGAGCCACCUAGCCCACCACCCACUUGGGCCCAUCCAAACCCUAUAGCCUGGCGGACCAGCACUCUCAUCUCUAAUGCAUGAUUAUUUGUGUUAAC